AUGUCGAACACCAGCCCUAAGCGCGUAGGGGUCGGCGCGAUUCGCCAUCCUCAGGCCGAAUACACAGGCGCCACCCCCAUGGCGACUGGCACCGACCUGCCCAUCAGCCAGGCCUUUACUAGCCAGGCCUACACUGCAAAGCCGUCGCGCAACUCGGCUUCGUACGGUCUUCAUUCUGACAUGUCACUCGGCAUGCAAGUCUCGCCCAGGAUGCCCCCCAACAACAACCAGCAGGCGGUCAACCCGCCCACCGCGUACACCCGCCAGGACAGCAGCAAUGGUCCCAGCCUCUACCGCCAGGACUCGUUCCGCUCCUCCCAGCAAGCCCAACAGCAGCAGCAGCAGCAGCCAGACCCGUAUCGUACGCAAGAGCCAUACACGUUUACGCAGCCCAACUUUGCGGCCCCUCCUGCGUCGUCGUCCUCGCGACACGACCAGGACCACAUGGUGUCGCCAGGUCUGUCGUCUGGUCCUUCGUCGCGCGUCCCCACAAUCUACGGCUACUCGUCUUCCAACUCUCCCAACCUCAACAACCGUCACUCGUACACCACCGGCAACCAAGGCCAGCAACCCCAGCCACCGCGUCCCACUCGCUCUGGAACCAUGCCCGCUGGCGAGUACCCAACGUUGAACGGGAACGGCGUUUAUGGCCGUGAAGGGCGCAGCACGUCCGUCAGCAACGCUUCGGGUCAGACAAUGGCCAUGGGCAGCGGCGGCAACAUACCCCCGGUUCCCCCAGUCCCCUUCCAGCCGCAGCCCCUCGAGCAGAGCUUUGAGCAGACGCUCGGGAUGGGUCCGACCAUUCCUGUCCAGAUGAACCAGGACGCGCCCAAGGGCGACACGCCCACGAUGCGCGCAAGGAGUGGGACUGGCAAGAGCACAAAGGACAAGAAGAGCAUGUUUGGUGUGUUGAGUGACCUCCUCACAACAACCAACAACAAGACGCCCGUCAUCUCGACCCCUUACGACCCCAUCCACCUCACCCACGUCGGCUUUGACUACAACACGGGUCAAUAUACAGGUAUGCCCCAGGAGUGGCAAAAGAUUCUCGACGACAAUGGAAUUACGCGUGCCGAGCAGGAAGAGAACCCCGACAAGGUCCUCGCUGUCGUGCAGUUCUUCCAGGACCGUGACAACUCGGAGGCACCAGACGACGAGGUGUGGUCCAAGAUGCGCAAUGCUGGCCCAAGCCAUCAGCACCCGUCGUCUUCCGAGUCGCCUUCGCCCCAGCCCCCCUCCGCCGACAUGUCGCGCGAGAACAGCAACGACGGUGGCUUCAUCUACAGCAACCCCCGCGCCGCCCCAGCUCCUCCAGCCAAGACUGCUGCGCCUCGAAUCCAGGCCGAGCGUGCGGCCCCGGCAAAGCCCCAGCGUCCUGUGCAGCCCCCGCAGACCUCGCCGCAGCUGCCACCCUCGACGUCCUCGGGGCUCGACCGUUCCACGUCGGCGCGUCUUCCUCCAACCAGUCACCAGUCGUCGUCGGCGGCACAGACACCAAAGAAGCCCCUCGACAGGUCUGUUUCUUCGCGUGCCCCUCCCUCCAACAGCAAGCCCUCGCCCCCUCUGCACAAGUCCAAGUCGCAGUCGGGCCGUAGUCGCGACCAGCCCCCCGCGGGCGGUGCCAGCUCGGGUGGCGUGGCCCGCUCCACGACCAAGACGCGCGACCAGGGCACGCGCCGCCGUGACAAGGCCAAGGAGAACGAGGAGGUUAUCCGCCAGCUGCAGACCAUCUGCUCUCCCGGCGACCCCAACCAGAUCUACCGCAACCUGGUCAAGAUUGGCCAGGGUGCCUCUGGUGGUGUGUACACGGCGUACGACAAGUCGACAACGCCCGUGGCCAUCAAGCAGAUGAACCUCGAAAAGCAGCCCAAGCAGGACCUGAUCAUCAACGAGAUUCUGGUCAUGAGGGAAUCGGCUCACCCCAACAUUGUCAACUUUAAGGACUCGUACCUGUGGAAGGGCGACCUCUGGGUCGUCAUGGAGUACAUGGAGGGUGGUUCGCUCACCGACGUCGUCACCGCCCACUGCAUGUCCGAGGCCCAGAUCGCCGCCGUCUCGCGCGAGACUUGCGAGGGUCUCCGCCAUCUCCACUCCAAGGGUGUCAUUCACCGCGACAUCAAGUCGGACAACAUUCUCUUGUCGCUCAACGGUGACGUCAAGCUUACCGACUUUGGCUUCUGUGCGCGUAUCGCGGACCCCUUGUCGACCAAGCGUACCACCAUGGUCGGCACUCCUUACUGGAUGGCGCCCGAGGUUGUCACCCGCAAAGAGUACGGCCCCAAGGUCGACAUCUGGUCGCUGGGUAUCAUGGCCAUUGAGAUGCUCGAGGGCGAGCCUCCUUACCUCAACGAGAACCCUCUCCGCGCGCUGUACCUCAUCGCGACCAACGGCACCCCCAAGAUCAAGGACUGGGACAAGCUCUCGUCCGUGUUCCGCGACUACCUCCAGGCAUGUCUCACCGUCGACUCGGAGAAGCGCCCCACCGCCGACCAGCUGUUGCGGCACGAGUUCUUCAAGUACGCCGCCAAGCUGUCGUCCCUGUCCGGCAUGAUCCGCAGCGCACGCAAGACCAACUAA